AUGAUCUUCAAUACACUCGUUACUACCACUGCUGCUAUUGCUGCUUUGGCUUCAAGCGUCUCUGCAGUCAUUGCACCUAGCUAUCCUUCGCCCGGUACUGUGUGGACUGCCGGCAAGGAAUAUACCAUCACUUGGAAGGAUGAUGGUCAAAAGCCUGAUCUUGCAACCGCUUGGACCAACUUUAAGAUUGACUUUAUGACAGGCGACAAUCUUAACCAAACUGUGUUGACGAACGUUGCAUCGGAUUUGGAUGCUACCAAGAUCUCUUCCUACAAGUGGACUGCUCCUCAAGUUGACCCUUACUCUGCUGUCUACUUUUUCAUGUUCACCAACGACAAGGGCGACUCCGCAUGGACCACCCGUUUUGGUAUUGUUGCAAAGGAUGGUGAUUCUUUGGUCCCUGAAUCUGAAAAGACUCAACCCGAUGGCUCUGAUAUUCCCUGGGGUAACGGUCAACUCGCUGGUGAUGCCUCAUCUUCCAAUAACUCCUCCGAUGCCGCCUCAUCCUCUGCUGCUCCUGCCUCAUCUUCGGUAGCUGCAUCCUCUUCAGCCGCUCCCGCUUCAUCCUCGGCUGCUAGUGAAUCGGCUUCUAGCUCUUCCUCCUCUGGUGCUACUGAAUCCUCUUCCUCCUCUUCCUCUAAUGAUGAUAAGACUGCUGCUCAAAAGGAUGACGCCACCAAUGAUGAAUCUGGUGUUGCUGCUCUUCGUGCUCCUGUUGUUCAAGCUGGUCUUUUCGUUCUUGCAGCUGCUGCCUACACCUUGGCUUAA